GGGAGCAGGAAGGGCAGUGUUUUUUUUCUCUCUGAAGCUUGCCCCUUAGCCUGUGAACAACUCCAGUAACAUAGCUCAGCACGUACUAAGUAGCCCGCAGUUUUUGCCUGCCCCGCUAUUGUAAGAGGCAUUCGUUUGGUUCAGGAGUCUGUCAACUGCUCUCUCCUUGCCUUCUGCUCUAUUUGGAUCUGAGGUGAAUUUGAUUAGGAACGCUUUGUGGGACAAAUAUCAAUGGAAUCUGGGAGCUUUUAAACACGGAGAAGUUGUUGUUUCCAGAGUGUGGACUUCAUGCCUUGAGUUGGUGCUGAGCAGUGCUCUCAUGAGUGAAGGAGAGAAGUUUCAGAAGCUCUUGGGGAAGAAUGAAUUGGAGGCCAAGGAGGCCUGUGACUGGUUACGGGCAGCCGGGUUUCCCCAGUAUGUGCAGCUAUAUGAAGCCACACAUUUCCCCAUUGACAUUGCCUCGGUCAGAAAGGACCAUGAAUUCCUGGACCAGGACUCCCUCAAAUCCCUCUGCAGGAGGCUGACGACGCUGAACAAGUGUGCGGCCAUGCGACUGGAGGUCCACUUUCAGUGCAAGCAGAGUGAGGACUCGGAGGAGGAUGACGUGUGCGCCAUCAGCGACCGCUGGGCGUUCCAGCGCGAGAGCAAGACCUGGUCGCGGCUCCGGCCGCUCUCGCCGGGCGACGGGGUCCUGGGCGCCCGGCCCCUGAGGGCGUCGGCCAGCAGCGAGAGCGUGCUGAGCGACUUCAGCAACCUGGAGGUGACCUCGGUGACCUCGGCGCGCUCGGCCCUGAGCGACAGCAGCCUGAGCGUGGAGAGCACGCGCGAGACCAGCCCGACCGAGUCGGCGUCGGCCGCCAAGUCCUCGUCGUCGUCGGCGUCGUCGGCGACCGCAACGGCGGCCGACAUCCACCAGGACGCCGACGGCGAGGAGGACGAGAAGCAGCGGUCGUCGUCGCCGGCGAGGGACAAGCCCAAGCGGUGCUCGCGCUCCUUCCUCCGCCGGAUGGAGUCGCUGAGGCGGAAGGAGCAGGAGCGGGAGGCGGUCGCCGCGGCGAGGAGGAUGCCCGACGGCCUCCACUGCACCUCGGACGAGAGCCUGCCGGGGCUGAAGGCCAAGGCGGCGGCGAAGGCCCACACCAUCUGCAGGAGCAGCCUGAGCCGCGGCAAGCUGCCCGACUUUGCGCCCGGCGGCCCCCGCCGCGCGUGCCUCUACCUGGAGGACUACCAGCUCGCCUGGAGCCGACCGCGCGCUUCGGACCGCGCCGCGUCGCUGCGGAACCGCCAGCAGCAGGGAAGCCGGUCCAGGCUGGUCCACCUGCCCAAGGAUCACAAGCCCGGCACGUUCCCCCGCUCGCUGUCCAUCGAGAGCCUGUGUCCGGCCUCGCUCGGGGACAGCGCCAACGCCAUCGGCUGGCCCGGAGAGGACGGCGACUUCUCGGUGGGCAGCAUGAGCAGCCGCAGCGGCUCGCAGGACUUCUCCAACGACGACUCCAGCGCGUUCCGGAAGAGGCGGAACUCCACGUCGUCCGUCGGCAGCGUCUACGACAACGUCCCGGACAACGUCGGCGGGAGCUCCGAAGAGCUGCUCGACCUGAGCGGGGCCGAGCAAGCCCUGGAUCUGGACGACAUCCUCCGGCAAGUUCACGGACUCCAGCACAACAUUGACCAGUGGUCACGGCAGCUCGACAAAUCCCGCACGGAAGAGGACUCGGCCGUGGACUCGGCGAUCCCCAGCAGCCCACACCUGGAGGAGCAGUCCAUGUCGGACAUGGGCACCACCCUGAGCGACUACGACAGCACCGGCAACUCGCUCAACGACGGCGACGGAGAGGGCGAGAUGAGGGAGCGGAGGGACUCUGGUGUCGGAGCGUCACUGACCAGACCGAGCAGGAAGCUCCGCUGGCACAGCUUCCAGAACUCUCACCGGCCGAGCGUGACGGCGGCGUCGCUGGAGAUCAACCGCCAGUCGGCCGCGCAGCUCAACCUGCUGCAGAAGCUCUCGCUGCUCCGGCUCACCGCCAUCAUGGAGAGGCACUGCGAGACCAGCAAGCACGGCUGGAACUGGACGGUGCCCAAGUUCAUGAAGCGCUCCAAGGUGCCGGACUACAGGGACAAGCAUGUGUUUGGGGUGCCGUCCAACAUCAACGUCCAGCGCACCGGGCAGCCGCUCCCGCAGAGCAUCCAGCAGGCCAUGAGAUACCUGCGCAGCCAGUGCCUCGGACAGGUGGGACUCUUCCGGAAAUCGGGUGUGAAAUCCCGCAUUCAGGCCUUGCGGCAGUUAAAUGAGAACUCCCCAGAUCAUGUGACCUACACGGGCCAAUCAGCUUACGACGUGGCGGACCUCUUGAAACAGUACUUCAGGGACUUGCCAGAGCCUGUCCUCACUAGCAAGCUCACUGACACAUUUCUGCAGAUCUAUCAAUGCGUGCCCAAAGAGCAGCGUCUGCAGGCGGCCCAGGCGGCGGUGCUCCUGCUGCCGGACGAGAACAGAGAGGUGCUGCAGACGCUGCUCUACUUCCUCAGUGACAUCGCCUCGGCGCCGGCCAAUCAGAUGACGGCCGAGACCCUGGCCGUGUGCCUGGCCCCGUCCAUACUGCACCUGAACGUCUCCAAGAAAGACGGCAACUCGCCGCGGUUGAUUAACAGAAGAGGCGGCAGCAAGCCCGACCAGAAGGACCUUAGUGAGAACAUGGCAGCCACUAAAUGCCUCAGUCACAUGAUCACAGAGUGCAAGAAACUGUUCCAGAUUCCCCAUGAGAUGAUGCUGCAGUCGCGUAACUCGUACAUGGCGGCGGACGCCCAGCCGCUGCCCCUGCACGCUCUGGGGGUGAACCUGCAGGGCGAGCCGGUGGACUACCGCGCCUACCUGGACGACAACGUCCAGUGCCUGCUCCGCGAGGCCGGCGAGAAGAGCAAGGGCUGGCACAGCGCCCCUGGCCCCGAACACACCGAGCUGGCAUACAAGAAGGUGGGUGACGGGCAUCCGAUGCGUCUGUGGCGCGUGUCUGCGGAGGUGGAGGCGUCGGCGGGCGCGGUGCUUCAGCGGGUCCUGCGUGAGCGCCCCCUGUGGGACGAGGACCUGCUGCACAGCCGCGUGCUGGAGAGCCUGGAGAACAGCACCGAGGUCUUCCACUACGUCACCGACAGCAUGGCGCCGCACCCGCGCAGGGACUUCGUGGUGCUCCGGCGCUGGUGCAGCGAUCUGCCACGGGGCGUCUGCGUGCUCGUCUCCUCGUCGGUGGACCACGACAACGUCCAGCUGGAGGCGGGCAUCCGAGCGGUGCUGCUGACCUCACGGAUCAUCAUCGAGCCGUGCGGACCGGGCCGCUCCCGCCUCACGCACUACUGCCGGGCCGACCUGCGGGGCCGUUCUCCUGAGUGGUACAACAAGGUGUUUGGCCACCUCUGCGCCGUGGAGGUCGCUAGGAUACGGAGCUCCUUUCCCGUGCUCACGGCUCGAGGCCCUGAAACCAAACUCUGAGACACGGUGGAGGACUGACCCCACGACCUUGCAAUCGUAUUCACAAGGUAGCGGGGGAAAGAGGGAGUGAGGGCGCUUGAGUGAGGGAUGGAGGGAUGGAGGGAUGGAGGGAUGAAGAGAGAGACGAGGACGGAGAGUGAGUAUCAAGGAACAAGAGAAGUCUCCCUCAACUCCAUUUGUGUUGAAAUGUGACCUUUUCGGCUGCCCCAGCAUCUGAACCAUAUUAUCCGGGGGACAGUGCUCCCAAUUAGCAAAAUACCAUGGAAACAACCACACUGAAAGAACGAUAGAAAGAAAGAAAGAAAAAAACAUCAUUGCAAAAUUCUUUCAAGGUCAAGGUCAAACCAACUGAUGGCACAAAGGAGUGAAAUUAAAAUUGUGCCCUUGAGAGAC